GGCGGUACAAUAGGGUUGGGCCGUGGCCGGGACUGGGCCAGCGCCGGGCACAGAGCAGGAUCUCGGCCGGAACCCACAGACAGUGGGCGGCCGGCGACCCCGAACCUCGCAGGCCACCAGCCUCGACUUUCCCGGAGCGUCGCCGCCUCCGAGUCGUUGCCCGCCUGGCGGGCCCGGCGUGAUGCUCCGCGGGACCACUGUCCUGGCUUCGGGCCGCCGCCGUCGCCGCCGCUGAGACCCCAAGACCCCCAGUGACGCCGCAGCCAUGGAGAGCGGCCCGCACGCGGAGCCGGGUCCCGGUGCACCCCCAGCUAUGAUAGCCAGAAUCCCCCCAGAGCCAAGACCUUCUCCAGAAGGAGACCCUUCACCCCCACCACCGCCACCACCAAUGUCAGCCCUGGUCCCAGACACUCCCCCGGACACCCCUCCUGCCAUGAAGAAUGCCUCUAGCCCUAAACAGCUCCCAGUGGGACCAGAGAGUCCACCAGGGCAGGUGAUGCCUAGGCCAGCCCCCCUGCAAGAAGAAUUCCCUUCUUCAGAAGCAAAAAGCAGGGGACCCACCCCACCAGCCACAGGCCCACAGGAUGCCAGGCCUUCUCGAAGGAGCAGCCAGCCAUCCCCAACUGCAGUGCCAGCCUCCGACAGCCCCCCCACCAAGCAAGAUGUAAAGAAGUCGGGAGAGAGACACAAGCUGGCAAAGGAGCGGCGAGAAGAGCGGGCCAAGUACCUGGCGGCCAAGAAGGCAGUGUGGCUGGAGAAGGAGGAGAAGGCCAAGGCCCUGCGGGAGAAGCAGCUCCAGGAGCGCCGUCGGCGGUUGGAGGAACAGCGACUUAAAGCUGAGCAACGCCGAGCUGCCCUGGAGGAGCGACAGCGGCAGAAGCUGGAGAAAAACAAGGAGCGCUAUGAAGCAGCCAUCCAGCGGUCAGUGAAGAAGACGUGGGCUGAAAUCCGGCAGCAGCGCUGGUCCUGGGCAGGGGCCCUGCACCACAGCUCCCCAGGACAUAAGACCAGUGGGAGCAGGUGCUCCGUGUCGGCAGUAAACCUGCCCAAACACGUGGACUCUAUAAUCAACAAGCGGCUCUCAAAGUCCUCUGCCACGCUCUGGAACUCCCCCAGUAGAAAUCGCAGCCUGCAGCUGAGUGCAUGGGAGAGCAGCAUAGUGGAUCGUCUGAUGACGCCCACCCUCUCUUUCCUGGCUCGGAGUCGCAGUGCGGUCACUUUGCCCCGCAACGGCCGUGACCAGGGUAGGGGCAGCGGCUCUGGGAGACACCCCACGAGGGGCCGGGCAGGGGCCCGCCUCGCGCCUGGGCCGCACCCCGACCGCACUCAUACCUCCGCAGCCGUGCCCGUUUGCCCGCGCUCGGCCUCCGCCAGCCCCCUGACACCGCCGUGCAGCGCCCCCCGGAGCGUGCACCGCUGCACCCCGGCUGGGGAGCGCGGAGAGCGGCGCAAGCCCAGCGCCGGGGGCAGCCCCGCUCCGGUUCGCCGUCGGCCAGAGGCCUCUCCGGUGCAGAAAAAGGAGAAGAAGGACAAGGAGAGGGAAAACGAGAAGGAAAAGAGUGCCCUGGCCCGGGAGCGUAGCCUCAAAAAGCGCCAGUCGCUACCUGCAACUGUGCGGCCACGUCUCUCUGCUGGCACCACCUCUGAGCUCAGCUCCAAGUCCAAGGCCCGGCCAUCCUCUCCCUCCUGGCACAGGCCUGCCUCCCCCUGCCCCAGCCCAGGGCCAGGACACACUCUGCCCCCGAAACCACCGUCCCCCAGAGGCAUCACCGCAUCACCUAAGGGGCGGGUUCGGAGGAAGGAGGAGGCAAAGGAGAGCCCCAGCACAGCAGGGCCAGAGGACAAGAACCAGAGCAAGAGCAGGGCAAGUGAUGAGAAGGAGCCAGCAGCUCCAGCCUCACCAGCACCCUCACCUGUGCCCUCGCCCACCCCUGCCCAGCCCCAGAAGGAGCAACCCACAGCAGAGAUCCCUGCAGGUACUGCUGUCCUGACCUCACCCCCAGCGCCGGCUCCCCCAGUGACCCCUAGCAAACCCAUGGCUGGCACCACAGACCGAGAAGAAGCCACUCGACUCCUGGCUGAGAAAAGGCGCCAGGCCCGGGAGCAGCGGGAGCGCGAGGAACAAGAACGGAAGCUGCAGGCAGAAAGGGACAAAAGAAUGAGGGAGGAGCAGCUGGCGCGGGAGGCCGAGGCCCGGGCACAGCGAGAGGCCGAGGCCCAGAGGCGGGAGGAGCAGGAGGCCCGAGAGAAGGCGCAGGCGGAGCAGGAGGAGCAAGAGCGGCUGCAGAAGCAGAAAGAGGAGGCCGAAGCCCGGUCCCGGGAAGAAGCAGAAAGGCAGCGUCUGGAGCGGGAAAAGCACUUCCAGCGAGAGGAACAGGAGAGGCAAGAGCGCAGAAAGCGUCUGGAGGAGAUAAUGAAGAGGACUCGGAAGUCAGAAGUUGCUGAAACCAAGCAGAAACAGGACAGAAAGGAGGCAAAAGCCAACAAUUCUGACCCAGAUUCUGUGAAAGUUGUAGAGGCUCGACCCUCAGGGUUGCAGAAGGAAGCUGUGCAGAAAGAGGAGCCAGCUCCCCAGGAGCCACAGUGGAGCCUGCCAAGCAAGGAGCUACCUGGGUCCCUGGUAAAUGGCCUGCAGCCUCUUCCAGCACACCAAGAGAAUGGCUUCUCCCCCAAGGGACCUUCUGGGGACAAGAGUCUGGGUCGAACACCAGAGGCAAUCCUGCCCUUUGCAGAAGCAGAAGCCUUCCUCAAGAAAGCUGUGGUGCAGCCUCCACAGGUCACAGAAGUCCUUUAAGGGGUUGCCUUGGAUCCAGACAUGGCUGUGAGGGCUCCUCUGCGUCAUCUACCAGGAUGUCUGGAGGAGAAAGAGACAGAACACAGAUGGAAGUGGCCUGGGCCCCUGGGGGUGGGUCCUCUCUGUUGUUAAUCUGCACCUUAUAGACUGAUGUCUCUUUGGCUGGAGCCAGACCCUGCCCCUCAGUGCAUUCAUGUGCUCACACGCGCAGACACCCCCCAUACACACACAUACACUCACAGCCUCUCUGGCCUCCCCCCUGGGGCAGGGCCAUCUGUAGUAUUUGCCUUGGUUUGGUGGGGUACAGUGGAUGUGAAUACUGUAAAUAGCUUGUGCUCAGAUGCCUCUGUGUGGAGGGGGCAGGUGCAGGAGGCAAACCCUCCUUCCAAUGCUCCCUGGGGAGAUCUUCCUCUCUCUAUUUAACUGUAACUGAGGGAGAAUCCAGGCCUGGGAAUGGGGGGACACCUUGGGCCACAGGAUACUGGUUGCUUCAGGGGAACCCAUUCCCCCACCCUCGCCUGGAAUCAGUGUUAUUGCAUCUGAUCAAACUUCUCCAGAAAUAAAGUGAGAAUAAUUCUGCCAAA